AUGACACUGUGUCGCUAUCAUACUCAUCAGCGGCCACCUCCGCUAAUCAAUUGGACAUAUUUAUUGUUUCGGCAAUAUCCAGCAAUCAGACGGCGGCUACUCCGGUGCGAAAACUGCUCCAAUAUUAAACAUACUUCAUCAUUAUCAAAUACUGGUCAACUGGAGCCCGAAACUUUAUUUCGUUCCCUUAAUUUUGUAUCAUAA